UCUAACCAAAGUCUCUUUCUUUACAGCAAAUAAAUGUAACCUUUGUGUGGGAGCUCAAGAAAUGAAAGUUCUUGAGGUGCUCGUGAAAUGACUGAAAAUGUAGAACCUCAAGUGAAGACAGCAGAUGAUAUUGUACAAUCCGAGGUGAUUGGUACUGAAGACAGAGGAGAAGGAGAAGAUGUCAGUAGUUUAAUUGUGGAUGGAGUAGAGAGUCACACUCUUGACACAGAGUUAAGUGAUACCUCUAAUGAUAUGGAGGAUGUCAUGUCUGCUUCCAGCCGAGCACGCAGCCAUAGUGUCGAGAGCAUACUCACCGCCAAAAGUUUUGCUAGGAACAUCCCUGGACUAGUUCAAAGUUUAUCGGACCAGGAAAAGAUUUUACCUCCAUAUGUCAGUCUGAUCAAGUGUAUUACUCAACGUAUUCUGGAUGAAGUCAUGCCACAUCCCUCCGCUCAGAGACCAGCUUACCUUGAACAUUCCAUUCAAUUGGUGGUACCUGGAGCAGUGAAGUCGUCCGAGAGCAAGAAGAGGUACAUGGUGAUCAUGGUAGGUGCUCAUCUUGACCCGGGUUACGGGGAGGACGUACGUGAGCACGCCAUCUUAGGGAUCAACAUCGGCAAUAAUCUGCCGGAGAACGUUACUGCUUGUCCCAACCAUCGAGAGUCACCUUCUGGAUGUCAAGGAGAUAUAACAGUCGCCAUGGCACUGCCAGUUACUAAAGGAAUGUCUAUAGAGAUGGAUGGUGAUGGUGGCAUCAAGAUCAGAUCCGCUCAGAAUCAUGGCCAGUAUAUUUUCAAGCCUGUCAACUUGCAAGCUUUAUGGGUAGCCUACUCCUACCUGAACCCUGACAUAGAGAACGCCCGGAGACACAACUUCUUCCCGGGCAGCAGGAACCACCACACCUGGGCAGGAUGUUACACCGCUAAAGUACCUGAUUAUCUGGAAACUGAGGACGACUGGGAGGACAACUCACUCAUCGAGAGCCAAGUCGCUAAACAUGAUUUUAAAGAUGAUAAGAUAAAGAGGAUUAUGGAGAAGAUCCUGUUCCGAAUGAGAGAGAUAAUAAUGACGAUAGAUCUUGAUAAUGCGAGCUGCCUGGAAAUCCGUAAACAGCUGGAGUCCGACUUUAAUGUUAAUCUCACUCCCUACAAACGCUUUAUAGAUGAGCAGAUUGUGAAAGUGUUCGGCCAAUCGACGGAGAGUCCGAGCAAGAUAUUUGACUACCUGUACCUGGGUAACGAAUGGAAUGCCAGUCACUUGACACAGCUCAAGCAGUACGGAGUCACCCAUGUUCUGAACGUUACCAUGGAGAUUGCUAACUUCUUCAGUCAUGAAUUUGUUUAUAAAACUAUCAGGAUAAAGGACGAGGAAGCUAGUUACUUACAGCAGUAUUGGGACGACACCUACAACUUCAUCAAAGACGCUAAGAGGCAGAACAAGAAAGUAUUCGUGCACUGCCGGAUGGGGGUCAGCAGAUCAGCCUCCUGUGUUAUCGCAUACAUUAUGAAGGAGUAUUCAAUGAACAUAUCAGUCGCCCAAGAGUAUGUUAAAAAGAUACGCUCUUGUAUCAAUCCAAAUCCCGGAUUCGCGAACCAGCUCGAAGAAUAUAACGGGAUUCUUGAGGCUAGGUACAACAACACAUACGGUAUUCACGCCAGGAGGAUGACCCGCUGUCCCCAAAUACCCGAGCAGAAGCUCAUAACGGAGCGCUGGUUGAAAGAGUACGGACAGCAGGAUGAUGAGAAAGUGUCAACUGGACCCGCACAUAGCGAGGAGUACAGUGCGAUGGUACGAGAGAUAGAUGGCAACGAGAAAGUGUCAGAGUGGAUGGAAAGGAACAAAGUUAGUGGAGGAGGGUGCUGUGAUCCGGUAUCUCCUCUUCCUGAACUCGACCACAGGGUCAUACAACCCGACCUACUUGUCCAGCUAAAGAAAGGAGAAGAUAACAACAGCGACCCUUUAAUCCUAUCUCGUCCAGACUCCCAAUCUCCUCAGCUGUCGACUGGUUUUGAUGUUCAACUCAGCGACUCGUUGAUGAGAAGGGGGAUGAUAAUCACUCCCGGUGAAGUAACUGACUAUUCUACAACACCAGAAACCAUAACAACCGCUAACUCAUUGUCCCCAACUACUCAGCCAGAUGACCAUGAUUGCGCGGCUGACAGCACACGUGCUGAUGACGUCACACAUGAUAUGUGCGCGGCUCAUGCCCCACGUGCUGAAGGGGAACCCACUGUUGAACCGUACGACCAGCUGAGUGCUGACGGUCCGUACAGUCCUGCUGAUCUAGAGCACGAGGUAGAAGCAGUUACAGGUGGGGUGGUGGGUGACUGUGAGAUACAGAGUCAGAUCGCUGAACGGGUAGUUCACCGGAUGAAGACCAGCCAGAGCUUCAGACGCAGUGCUGUUAAUGGGGGUGUCCAUGUAAGGAGUUGUGUUAUCCAGAUUGAGGUGAGAAAUGAGGCAGAAAACUUCUUCACGGUCGAACAAACUCGUGACAGGGUUCGUAGUGCUGGAAGUAAUACCACUGUUACCAAACGUAACAAGAAAGUAAAGCAAACCCAGUCCUGGGCCGAAUACACAACGCCAAAUAGCAUAGACACGAAGCAGGGCCGGAAACAGAAAAAAGAUCACACAAAGUUGAGACAAGGAGGUCAGAAGAUCUGUGCAAGCAUCAAGAAGAUAAUAGAACGUCUUCUCUCUCCUCGUCCGGACAAGCAAUACAGCAAGCAGAGUGCCAGCGAGGAGAUCGCCAGACAAGCGGAGAGGGAGGGGAAGGCGUACGAUAAGAAAAACAGGAUGAGUAUGCCGGACUAUCUGAGUUUGACUGACAGUAACGGGCUACCCCUGCUCCCCAAGAGACGCUGCCAGAGUGGCGCAGAUCUGGUCACGUAUGACGUCAUGAUUGACGCUAUGAUUGACGCUGCAAUCGAGUCGUGACAUAUUUACCUUGAUGUUCGCUGAUCUUUUGUAUCAUGUUGCUAUCUAGCUUCGGUUUGUGAAAUAGCUCUUGGGGGCACCCUCAUCUCGCUUCGUCAGUACAACAAGAAUGAAUCCAUUGUUUUCUACUUUUCUACGAUUGGAAAAUUUUGUGAUGAUUCAUUUUAGAUAAUUAAAAUGUCACCAUAUGAAAUACGGGUGCCUCUGUUUGGUAAUUGUUAUCCGGGCUCUAACUUAAUGUUUUUACUGAUUAUUUCUCACUCGUUUUUUGUUGUAUAUAAUUUAAUUUAAAUAUAAUCAUUGUACUCAGGAACUUAGUUAUAUUCGGGUAGUUAUAUCAUUAUAUCAGGCCAGUAGAUAAUCUCAGGUGUGAAAAUGGCCCUAGAGGGCUGUCCUCGUGGUAUAGCACGCAGCAUAUUUUACUAACUAUUUGUUGGUGGAAUUGCUUGGUUCUACCGCUGAGUGACAGUUUUGAGUUUUUGUAGGGGAUAAUUUUUACAGUUUCAUUUCUUUAAAUACACUCAAAUAACUUGCAGUAUUCCUGUUUGCAAAUCUUUCGAAAUCGGUUUUAGGAUUAGAGGCUAUCCGCAUUUUUCAUUUUUGUAGUACAGUGGAGUUUUUUUUACGUCAGCUGAUAUUUUUAUACUUCAACACCAAUCAUCGGGCUGUGAAGUUUUAAAAUCACCGAUAAAAUUAAAAAAAGGCUCUAAGAUAUUUCACAGUAACUUUUCAAACCGCUUCAGACAGUAUUUACUAUGAGUACCUCAAUAAAUACAUAUUAAUAUAUAUUAUAUAUAUUGGUUUCCUGGGCCCACAAGUGUUGAUUUGCUUCAUUAUCCGAUUAUUUCCCCAUUUUUUAAUCUUUAUUGGUUGUUAAAUAAUGCAGUAAGCAAUUUUUUUCUAAAAUUGCUGGAAUGAUUUACCAGUUCCAAGUUGCGUUCUUUGUAAUAUCAGUAUAAUAUUUUGUUGAUGAAAUUUUUAAAACUUUUUAUCAUUGUGGAAUAUUGAGCAGGGUUGGGAUUUAGAAAAGUGAUCAGAGGUGAUCAGAAAUACACCCUUAAGUUAAUCUGUAUUGGCAUGGGCCGUUCAUUCAUUGAUAUGAUAAGAACGCUAGAGUAAUAUCACAUCAUUCACACAGGUAUCAUUCAGAAACUCCAUAAUCAUUUCAUCGGUAACACUACAGAAUCACGUACAAUGACGAUUCCUGGUAAUAUUUUAUGAUUUUAAAGGGGCUUAUUUUGAAUUCUUUGAUGAUUUGGAUACUAUGUUUUGGUAAUUAUUUGCAUAUAAUUUAAUCGAACUUGUAAUCGGUUGUUCUGAGAUGAACUGAAUAGAAUUUGUUUUGUAUUCGUAUCAUGACAUAAUUCAUUAACAUACAUAUUAAACGAUUUGUAUGCAUGCAAGUAAUAUUGAUGUACCAGUAUUUUGUUUGUGGUUACCAAUUCUAACCGACGGAUUUUAACUGAAACUUCCAAUAACGGUUACGGUUACAUUAAUGAAACAAUAAUAUGAACUGAAAAUUCCAUUUGCUACAAGACUAUUAAUCUUAACAAUUAAUAAUUCAUUGUCAAACUUUUUGCUUAAAAUACAUAAUAUUUUAAUUCGUUUCCUGAUUUUUAUGUUCAUUCUGGACUGCAAUAAGAUAAUUUUUAAGAGACUUUAAUACUCCCGUUUCCAGUGUCAUAGUAUUACAGAUGUUACCAGCUUGUCUGUUUUCUUCAUGUUUUAAUCAUUUGUUUGACGUUACACAUAAUAAA